AUGGCCAGGCCAGCGUCAGAGAGGAGGGGCGAGAGCUGCCAGCCGACCGGACCGAGGACAUGCCAGUCCCCUCCGACAAGAGCCGAGCCGAGCGGGGGUCCCGCGGGCGGGUGGGCGACCUCCGGCGGGCCCUACGCCUGGGCGCCUGCCCCCAUCCUCCGCGGCUCUGGCCACGGCUCAGGGGGCUGCGCCGGGGGGCAUCGCGGGCAAGAAGGGCGCAGAGCUGCUCGGAGCCGACCGGGGAAGGGCUGCCGCCUCGGCCCUGCGCCCCGCCCGCGUCCCCGGGGCUGCCGCCGCCGCCGCCGCCGCCGCCGCUCGCCUUCGCCUGUUGACAAGCCCCAGCAGCGGCAGCAGCGGCAGCAGCACCAGGAAGUCCGGCCCCCUCCCAGCCAGCUGACUGCCCCCCCUCCCGCAGCUGGGGCCCGUCCGGGGAGCGCGCAGCCCUCGCCGGCGCCGCCCAGGCCCGCCUCCCCCGCGAAGGGAAGGGAAGGCCCCCGCCCGCGAGUCCCCCAGGCCCCCGCCGGGCUCGCCUCCCCGCCACGCCCCUCCCGACCACGCGCGCUCGGCUGGGGGGAGGCGCGGCCCAGCCCACGGGCGCCUCGGUCGGGCCAGGCGGGGCCGCUCCCUCGGGCCUCCCAGGCUCCUGGGCACGCGAAUUACGUGUCGCGCCGCGCGGCAGUUUCGCGCCCCUCCUUGCAUCAAGCGGCUCCCCCGCAUCGGCGCCCGGAAGGACUAGGGACCGCCGGGCCGGGCCAGGCCGGGAGACGGACUCUCCGACUCUGCCCCUAA